AUGGUGCGCCGCCUUGCGGAGCGCAGGCCGCCCUCGUGCCGCCGAAGACUCAGCAGCGGCAGUGGCGCCUCCAACGGCGCAGUCACCCCCGCCGCCGACGCGCAGCCUAGCAGACAGCUAUUCUCCAGUGCCUCCAGCAGAGGCUACUCGAUGCCGGCGCGGCCGCUCACUCGAAGGAAACGCGCAGCAACGAGGACGGCCCCGCAGCAACGCGGGUUCUCCAGAGAGCAGACACCUGCCAGCAACGCCAGCACAGGCAGUGGCAGCCAGAGCCCAGGCAGGCUGUCGGUGCAGUGCCUGGAGCUGUCGACGACGCAGCAGCGGGUGAGGGCUGGCGCCGCCUGCCUGCUCGAACCUCGCGUCGUGCUGUCUGCCGCCAGGGCCUCUCGCAACAGGGGCUCGCGCCAGGCAGCGCAGGCCCAGGCGGGGGGCAGGGAGCACGGAGAGAACAGCAGCAGCGGCAGCAGCAGCAGCGGCAGCGAGGCGGACUGCAGCCUGUGCCUGCGCAGCCAGUGCAGCUGCAGCGGCAGCGACGGCGACGGCGAGGCGGCGCCCGUGUCGCCGGCCACGGCCGUGGACGCGCAGCUCGCGCUGCAGUGCACGCGCCUGCAGCUGGCGCCGCGCAGCCGCCCUCCCUCGCAGCAGCGGCCCACGCCGCGCCGGCCCUGA